GUGUUUAGGCAAGUCUCGCGGGAUUUGGGCGACUGUAUAUAAGCAUAAACACAGCUCUGUCCGGUUUACUUUUCGAGUUCACACAGACCCCGGAGGAGCAGCUGAGGUCCAACAGAUAAAAUGGCAGCUGGCAACGCAAAGAUUGGCCACCUUGCUCCUGAUUUCACAGCCAAGGCUGUGAUGCCAGACGGCCAGUUUAAGGACCUCAAGUUGUCUGACUACAGAGGGAAGUAUGUAGUCCUAUUCUUCUACCCUCUGGACUUCACCUUUGUUUGCCCCACUGAGAUUAUUGCCUUCAGUGAUGCUGCUGAGGAGUUCAGGAAGAUCGACUGCGAGGUUAUCGGCGCCUCUGUUGACUCGCACUUCUGUCAUCUGGCCUGGAUAAACACCCCCCGGAAACAAGGUGGUCUUGGACACAUGAAUGUUCCUCUGGUGGCAGACACCCUCCGAACCAUCUCCAGAGACUAUGGUGUGCUUAAAGAGGAUGAGGGCAUUGCUUUCAGAGGCCUCUUUAUCAUUGACGACAAAGGCACCCUUAGGCAGAUAACAAUCAACGACCUGCCAGUGGGCCGCUCUAUUGAUGAGACCCUGCGCCUGGUCCAGGCUUUUCAGUACACCGACAAGCACGGAGAAGUGUGCCCAGCCGGAUGGAAGCCUGGAAAAGACACAAUCAAACCUGAUGUCCAGAAGAGCAAAGAUUUCUUCUCCAAACAAAACUAAGCGCACACGGCUCUGCCUAAUAGUCUAGCUGUCCCCACACUGGCACUGUGUAUAGAUAGAACCUCAGUAACCUGAUUACCCCUGUAAAAGAAUUGUUUAGCACUUGUAAGUGUUAUUUAUGUUAUGUAACAUUAUGUGCAGUAGGGUUGGUACAUCAGACAACUAAAUUGAUGGCCUGUGACAUAUUUUGUACGUUUACAUGUUCAUAAUUUUCUGUAUUAGAAAAAUGUAUACUGUAAAGUUGGGACCAGACUCCUUGAAACAGUUUCUGUGACAGCUAUGCUCUGAGGAGAAUCUUUAAUAACCUCCCCAUUCUCUACAUUUCACAUGCAUUUUAUAAUAAAUUCCUGUUCUAACA